AUGAGCUCACAAUCGCAUCCCCGGCCCCGCCCUCUAGCACCGCCUCCAGGUCCGCCCGCGCUGCGGAGCAGCAAGCUGAGUUGGGGAGAUAAAGAACUGGUUGCUGGCGGGCGACGAGGCUUCUCAAGCGGCCGUAGGGAGGGUUCCUUGGGAGAAAUAGGUCCGCCCACCGCUGCUGCCUGGGCAACCCCUCCGCAGGCCAGAAGAGCAGCUCUGCCCUGGUGCGUCUCUGCCCACGAGCGGAAGCAGACUAGUGGGACCCAGAGGGGAGAGGAGAGGGACAGAUUGGGGCAGGGCAGGGUACCGCAGCUGCUCACGGCGCCUGCAGCCUCAACACUAGGCACCUGGGAGAAGCUCACCUGGCCUGAACUGCGGCCCACCGCCAGGCCUACAACUUGA